AUGAUGGUCUUUUUUCAAUAUCAACAGCCCCAUCGGAUUUCUGUAAGAGCUAUCUGCUCGAAAGGACAAUCAAAAGAUGCCGAAUGCACCUUGGUGGUCGGACGAGGGAUGACAGUAACACCCGGCCGGUUGAGAGCUACGCAAAUUGGAACGAACUCUGCCAAAUUGAGUUGGAUGCCCGGAAAUAGCAAUCUUUGUCAUAAGGUUUUCCUGAAUCAAGUUGAAUUGAAAGUGUGUCCCCCAGGUGUCUACAAAGUUUUGCUCACAGAUCUGCAACCAGACACGUUGCACCAAGUAUGCGUGCAAGCCAUACCCCGGCUCACAAGCGAGUCGGAGCCCAAACCAGUGAAUUUGACCUGGAUAACAAGCCCUCAGAGUGCGGUUGAUGUACAGAGAGCAGCAGCCUUCAUUGAAUUUCGCACCAUUCCCAUCGAUUCGACAGGAAAAGACUGUCGCAUUGUAAUGGCACAAGAAGUGGAUACUAAAUCGCUGUCACCAGUGAAACGAGUUGAAGCCAAAAAGUUUGAUUUCGAAAAAAUUUUUCAGGAAGCCCGAUUACUAGCGAUGGAGAGAAAUUUGCAUAAGAACAUAGAGGCCCUCUCUGAAACCGCCGAGAUCACUGAGGAUGCAGAGACAGAUGUACUCACUUCCUUUGAACAUGUUGCACCUUCGGGUCAAUCUCCCACUGGGACGGAUGUGAAAAUUACAGAUGAUGAAGAGCGUGAUCCAUAUUAUCUGCCAGUUAGCAAUCAUCUCACCUUUUGUCAUGGAACGAAACCGCUGACUGCACUGGCGGUAGAUCCUGCCGGUGCCAGAAUCGCUACUGGAGGUUUGGAUUUUGACGUUAAGCUUUGGGACUUUGGUGGCAUGGACCGGUCCUGCCGCCCCUUCAAGGCUGUUCGGCCGUGUGAAGACCACCAGGCUAAACAUUUGGAAUUUUGUCCAUCAGGUGAACGUUUGUUAGUGAUCUCUGGCUCAGCUCAAGCCCACAUAGUCGAUCGCGAUGGCGAGCCGGUAUGCUUCACAAACAAAGGCUUUCAAUACAUCACGGAUCCAGCCAGCGCAAAGGGUCACACUCACGGUUUACAUUGGGGUUGCUGGCACCCACUUGACUCCUCGAAAUUUCUAACGUGUUCCCAGGAUGCCACCCUGCGUAUUUGGGAUUUGAAUGAUGCCGAGAGUUUGCUCAAUGAGACACGCAUUCCCACCCAUAAAUCGGUCAUCAAACCUCGCUCAGCACAAGGCAGAAAGUUGGUUCCCACAGCCUGUGCAUAUUCCAAAGAUGGACAAACAAUUGCUGCCGGUUGCCAAGAUGGCUCGAUACACAUGUGGGAUACGCGGAAGCUGUUCGUCAACACAUGCCAGCUAGUUCGCAACGCUCAUGCACUCAACACGAACAUCACCUGUGUUGCUUGGUCCUGGGACGGGAAACAGUUGGCGAGUCGCGCAAUGGAUGAUACGGUCAAAUUGUGGGACACUCGGGCGCUAAGCAAGGGUGCUGUGCACAUACAACACAAUCUACCCGUUAUUUUCGAUCAGACGGAGGUUACCUUCAGCCCGAACGACUAUGUCGUGGCCACUGGUGUUUCUGCACCACGAAAUGAUACCAAGGCCGGGUACAUCGGCUUCUUCCGCAGGAACGAUUUUAAGCCUUUAGAGUCGCUGCACCCUGGACAUGGAAGCGUAGUUCGCGUUAUUUGGCAUCACCGGAUCAACCAGAUAUUUUGCGCAUCUUCCGACGGUACGGCAAAUGUACACUACGAUCUGAGUUGCAGUUACAACGGCGCUCUCCUGUGCGCUGAACGACAGGCCACUGCAGCCACUCGUCGACGCCACCUGGGUGGUGAUGAAGCCUACAUCAAACCCUAUUUGAUAACCUACAACGAGGACACAGUGCGUACAACAAGGAAAAGUAGGAAACUCCCUCCUCAGCCUACGAACGACACAGAAGCCGCCCUGUUUGCCAUUCACAAUCAGCUGCAAACGGAGCGACAAAGUGCCGCCGCAGCAGCCAACGAUAAAGCCAAAGCUCGUGUCCCCGUGCGGGAAGAAACUUUGGGCAAUCGCGUCGGUAGCCUUCACCAAUACAUGGUGCAGCAGAUCGUGUUGAAGAAGAAUGAAGCUGAAGAACGAGCCGAGAAGGAUAUUCGCGGAGCGAUUUUACGUCACGCUGACGCGGCUAAGGCUAAGCCGUUUUGGACGAAGGCUUAUCUAGAAACACAACCCAAUCCCAUCUUUCAUAAUCCCGACGAAGACAUGAAGAAAGACGAAACACCUGUUUGGAAAAAGCAGAAAUUAGCUUGA